CUUAAAAAAAGGAAGAAUUCAAAUAUUUCCGCCUUUCAGCAAAACCUUUCGGAGUCUAGCAGCGGAAGCUUCCUCCAGUCCAUUUCUUUUUGAUGUUACAGUCUGUCAUUCUCCAGUAACAACCGCUGAAACUGAGCCAUGCCUCAUACACAACGCAGGAAAUCCAAAACACCUUUACCAUUGGGAAAGGAGAGCAUACGUCCCUUUCUAAAGGGGAAUGAUGAAAAUCCACCAACAACUCCAGUUUUGGACAAAAGGCCUCACGCUGAGAGGAGGAGACCUCUCAUUGAAUGGAAUCAUUCAACCACCACAGGUGAAGCGCCGGCAGCAGCCCUGGGCAAGGUUACGGUGAACAGUGAUGAGGGCAGAGUCAAAGAAUUCACAUUCAACUUCCAGAGUAAUAGCACCGAGCAUGUGGCAACAGGGAAACCCAAUGAAAGUGUUUAUUCCGUUCUCAUGUCUACUGCGGUUUUCAAUAAAGAAAAAGAGAAAAGUGAGGGCAAAACAUUCCAUUUAAUCGGGAAGAGGGAAUUAAUGGGUGCCAUCAAUGUAGGAAUGCCUUGUAAAUGUCUGCCAGAGAAGACCCAUUUCGAAGUGAUAUUUUACCGGCUUAAAGGUGAGGUAUGCUAUCGGGAUGAGGACUCUUCAGGCAAGCAGUGUGUUGUAUUCUGUGUCAAGAGCACUGGAAAGACAGGAGGCCCACUUCGUACAGGUUCGAAACGUAUCAUCAAGUGUGGGUCUCUGCGAAAAGACGGACAUGACAUGUGCAUUUAUGCUUUUCAAGGUGAGACCAUUCGAGAGGCUCUGUGCAAGGACGGAAGGUUCUUAUCCAUCAUUGAACAGAAUGUAUGGAGCCUUGUCGAAGGGCACAGAUGUUUGCAGUUCACACUCACUGUCAAUGACCUCCAUGAUAAAUGUUUUGAAGUUCAAGUGAGCAAUGAAAACUAUAAGGCAAGAAACAAGAAUGAUGAUAAUAAUGAAAAUGCUGGCCCCAGGGAGAGACAGGAGCAGAACAGUGUGCCAGGAGAAGGGAAUACACUGCAUUGUAAGCUGGGAAAGCAGGUUGAUGAAUAUUUGGGAAAGCAAAAAGGCAAGAAGCAUGUCCUUAAAAAAUGGAAUCUGCUCAAGAAAGAAUUUGGGAAGAUCACAGCUGAUGGAGUUCCCAUUACAGUCCAUGAAAUGCUAGUGCGAUUGAGUGAAUCUGUUGGAUUUGUUAAAUGGGAUAACAACGGGAAUCAAGGCUGUGCCACUUGCUUUUACCUUGGUAAUAGUUACAUUCUGACAUGUUGCCACGUGGUGAAGAUGAUGGUAGGAGAUGGUGUGCCUGACAAUGAUUGGAAGACCAUUAUAGAGGAGGCCAUGACAAUAAACUUCUGCUACAAAGAGAAGCAGCAGCCUGUCAGUGGCUGGUAUAACAUUGAACCGUGGUUUGAAGUGUAUAACUUAGAACUUGACUACGCAGUGCUGAGAUUGAAGAUCCCCAACAGUCAGCCAUCUGUUCUACCUUCAGGUUUGUGGCAAACCAAAAACCGCCCUCCUGGGAAUGGAAUGGUCUACAUUAUAGGUCAUCCCGAUGGUGGUCACAAAUCCUCUGACACUUGUUUCAUUAUCCCUUUUCAAAAGCGAAAUAUUCAAAGCUACAUGCAGGUUUUCACGAAAUACACUUUCACAGAAAUCCAAAGUUCAGACAGGAUCACCUACAACAGCUGCUUUUUUAAUGGUGCCUCCGGAUCCCCUGUGUUCAAUUCCUCUGGUGAGCUGGUGGCAAUGCACGCUGCAGGAUAUGAAUAUGAAAUUGGCACUGAGAGAAACAGCGUGAUCGAAUAUGCUCCAACCAUUAAAGCCAUCACAGAUCACAUGAAGAUUCAUCAUCCAAGAUUCGACGUUAUUUCCCAAGUUCCUACCCAGGGUGACCAGAACAUCCUGUUCAAUGACCAAGGAGAGGUUCCAAUGGAUAUAGAGUAAAAGAAUGCAGAAAAUGUGUUUAAAAAGCAAUUAUUCACAUAUUUGUUGCAUCUGUUCCUCUCUUGCGUCAAUUCCAGCAGUAACUCUCCGCCACAUUGCACCCCUUUUGUAAACUCAUUAUUAUUCCAACAUGUAGCCAUUUCCCUGUACUCAUUAACCAAUACUUACAUCUGAUCUUCUAAAAACUUAAUUUUAAAUUCAUUAACUGCGCUUUUGAAUUCCUAUGUGAGCUGAGAAAGCAGGUUGAUGGCCUCUUCUCUCCCAUUUCUAGACACACACGCAACAUUUUGGAAACUUACGCUGCUCAAAUUCCAGCAACUGCACAGCUGCCAGUGCUGUUCAUUGCUCUGCAAUUCCGUGACAUGCCUCAAGUUCUCGAACCUCUCUAUUCUUUUCUUCCUUUCCACAUAUCUGCAUAGAAAAUAGGAACACCAGUUGGCCAUACAGCCCUGCAAGCCUGCUCUGUCAUUCAUUGUAACCAUGGUCAAUUAUGCAAUUCAGUAUCCUGUCCCCUACAUUAUCCCCAUACUCUUGAUUCCUUCGGCCCCAAAACGUCUAUCUAGUUCCUUCUUGAACAGAGUCAGUGUUUUGGCCUCAACCACAUUCUGUACAGAGAAUUCCAGAAGCUCACCACUCUCUAAAUGAACAAACUUCUCAUGUCAGUCCUGAAUGGCCUACACUGUAUCCUUAACGGUGACCCAUGGUUCUGCACUUCCUUGUUGCUGGGGACAUCGUUCCUGAGAUUGUCCUGUUAGAGUUUUAUAGGUUUCUGAGCGAUCUCCCCUCAUUGUUCUAAACUCCAAUGAAUACAGUCUUAACCUAACCAGUCUCCCUGCAUUUGUAUGUCCUGUCAUCCCAGGAAUAAGUCUGAUAAACAUCCUCUACUUUCCAAACAAUGUCCCUAUCGGUUUCCUAUUUUAAAUCUGCCCUUCCAACUUUAAUCUGCUGUUUCACCCAUAGUUCUCUGACCAAGCUUUUGCUCAUCCACACUUAAAACAUGAAGCUAUUUAGCCCAUUGAGACUGUGCCAACUCUCUGCAGAGUGAUCCAGAUGUCCUAUUCCCCUUCUUCCAUCCACGUAGAUCUGUGAGUUUAUUUUCCUCAAGUGCCUUUCUCUUUAAAAAAUAAUCACUGAUCACUUCCAACUCCACUGUCCUCAAAAAGUGCAGAUACCAGGUCAGUUAAAAAGUAAAGUUAAAGUUAAGGUUAUCACAGUCCCAAAGGACCAUAGGGCUAUUCUCUCAAUUACAGAGAGUUGACUGGUGGUGGUUUCACUACGUCAGUACUACUCACACGAUCUCCACUCAUUUUUAAAAAGAUGGUUUCUUCACCUCCUUCAGACAUCUCGAUCCAAUAAACUUAUGGUGUCCCCUAAUGAACAGCUUUUCUUCUUCAAUCUCAUCCAAACCUAUCAGAAUCUUUACACCUCUAUUGUGUAAUCCCUCUAGGUGACUUUAGUGACUAGGAAUACUGAAGUGAAUUACUUACUGCCUGGCUCCCCAGUGCCUGCCCACUGCUCAAAGCACAACUCAGGUGUGUUUCUUUAUUCUUUAGUCAUUCAUAGGAAUGAGGACAUUGCUGGCCGGGCAGCAUUUAUUGCCUUUCCCCAAUUGCCCAGAGGGCAGUUCAGAGUCAGCCACAUUGCUGUGGGUCUGGAGUCACAUGUAGGCCCAGACCAGGUAAGGAUGGCAGUUUCUUUCCCUAAAGAACAUUAGUGAGCCAGGUGGGUUCUACCAUCAAUCGAUAAAGAUUCAUGGUCAUCAUUAGAUUCUUAAUUCCAGCUACUUAUUGAAUUUAAAUUCCACUGUCUGCUGUGGCUGGAUUCAAACCCGGGUCCCCAGAAUGUUAUCUGGGUCUCUGGAUUAACAGUCCAGCAAUAAUACCACUGGGCCAUUGCCUCCCCCUAAUGUGUGGUGGUAUACUCUCCACUUGCCUGGACUACUGUAACUCAACAGCACGAAAGAACCAGCUGGGGAAAACAGCCUGCUUGAUUGACAUCAUAUCCACAAAUGUUCACUCCCUCCACCACCGACACUUAGUAGUAGUGUGUAGCAUCUACAAGUUGCACUGCAGAACUUCAGCAAGGCUCCUUAGCACCUUCCAAAUCCAAGGCCACUUCCAUCUAAAAGGACAAGGUACAUGGGAACACCACUCCUGCAAGAUCCCCUCCAGAUCAUACACCACGCUAACUUGGAAAUACAUUGCCAUUCCUUCACUAUCACUGUGUCAAAAUCCUGAAACUUCAACUGCUAACAGCACUAAGGCUGCACCUUCACCAGUUUAACUGCAGCAGUUUACGACAACAGCUAGCUCAUCAUCUUUAAGGACAAUCAGAGACUGAUAACAAAUUCUGGCCUUCCCAGUGAUGCCUAUGCUCCUGGAAAAAUGCUUCACGAAGUAAUGGUUCACUCUCCCUUGCCAUUUUCAAAGGAAGUUCUAGAAAUGAUACCUUAUAUUGUACAUGUAUAAAGCAGUGGUUCCAGAACUGACCCUUGAGAAAGAAGACUUUCUAUCUUCUUGUAGUCUGCAAAACAAAUGUUGACCACGACCCACUGUCUUCUGUUUUUAUCCGAGCUGACAUUGAACCACCUAAUCCAUGAGCCACGAUCUUAACGAGCCUGCUUGUGAAAAGCUUUCAUAAAAUCCAUAGAGAUAGCAUCCUCCAAUAACCUUCACUAACCUCUUACUUCAAAAAAAAUCAGAUUAGUUCUGCUUUUUCCAAAUCCACGCCUGUUAUUCAAACUUCUCCAAUCCCCAUUUCUGAAAGACAUUACCUGGUGCUGACGUUAAACUGGCUGGCCUAUAAUGAACUAUGAAUAGGCAUUCUUGACUAACUGUAGCACAGUUUGCAAUUUUCAACCCUCUAGAAUUGCCCUGGAUCUUCACUCACACUUCCCUUACCAACUUGGGAUGCGAGCUGUCCAGUCUAGGUGACUUAUUGAAGAGUCAACGCCAGCCUUUCCAGUGCAACCUUCCGCAAUUUUCACUACUCCCAAUAACUCCUCCAUCUCCACUUUGACCAAUAUUCUGUCAGAAUUCUCUCCCGUGAACAACAUUGUGAGAAGGACUCAUUAACCACUGCACCUCUAAUCAUGUAUCACUCUUUUUGUACUCAUACCUUUAAUUUUAAGUGGUUUACUGUCAAUUAUUUUAUCUGAUAAAUACCCCUGUAAAGCACUUUGAGACACUUAUGGUUACAAAAGAACUAUGUAAAUGCAUGUUAUUGCUACUUGAUCCCACUCACCUGCACAUUUCCCAUAGCCUUACAAAUCUGUUUCCACUCUGGUGAAAGAAAGAAAUCACUUUAAAUCGGUACCCUUGCAAUUUUUGAUCCUUAAACCAUAGAAUCUCUAAGGUGGAGCAGCAGGUCUUUCAGCCCACUGAGUCCAAACUGAUGCUCCAAAAAGCAUCCCACCCAUUCCCACACCCGUAUAACUCACAAUCCAUGUCGCUAACCCACCUAGCCGGCACAUCCCUAGACACUAUGGGCAAUUUAGCAUGGCCACUCCACCUAACCUACACAUCUUUGGACUGUGGGAGGAAACCUAUGCAGGCACAGGGAGAAUGUCAGUGCAGAGUUUGCACAGUCACCUGAGGCAGGAAUCAAACCCAGGUCCCUGGUGCUGUGAGGCAGCAGUGCUAACCGCUGAAUCCCUGUGCCACCCUUCUGUCAAUGGAAAUGACUUCUUCUUACCCAUUCAGUUCCUUCAUGACCUUCAACAUUUGUACAAAACCAACUUCCACUUUGUCUGCUCAAAGAACAAUAUGCCAGUCUCUUCAGUUGCACUGACAUCAUACUCUCAAGAUUUAAUUGGUGUUGUGAAAUCAUGAUGAAGGAAUCUAAAUUUUUAGAACACAGAACAGUACAGCACAGUACAGGCCCUUCAGCCCAUGACGUUUUGCCAACCUAUUAUCCUACUAAGAUCAAACUACCUGUAUACCCUACGUUUUACUAUCAUCGAUGUGCCUAUCCAAGAGUUGCUUAAGUCUCCACAGUAUUUGACUCCACUACCACUGCCAGCAACGCAUUCCACACACCCACCACUCUCUGUGUAAUGAACCUACCUCUGACAUCUCUCCUAAACCUUCCUCCAAUCACCUUAAAAUUAUGACCCCUCGUAAUAGCCAUUUCCAUCCUGGGAAAGUGUCUUUGACUAUCCACUCCAUCUGUGCCUCUCAUCAUCUUGUACAUCUCUAUCAAGUCACCUCUUGUCUUUCUUCACUCCAAUGAAAAAAGCCCUAGCUCCCUCAACAUUUCCUCAUAAGACCUGCCCUCUAGUCCAGGCUGCAUCCCGGUCAAUCUCCUUUGCACCCUUUCCAAUGCUUCCACAUCUUUUCCAGAACUGAACACAAUAUUCCAAGUGUAGUCUAACCAGAGUUUCAUGGAGCUGCAGCAUACCCUCACGGCUCUUAAACUCAAUUCCCUACCAAUGAAAGCCAACACACCAUACGUCUUCUUUACAACCCUAUCAACUUGUGUAGCAACUUUGAGGGAUCAAUGGACAUGGACCCCAAGAUCCCCCUGUUCCUCCACACUGCCGAGAAUCCUGCCAUUAAACCCUGUAUUCAAAUUUGACCUUCCAAAAUGAAUCACUUCACACUUUUCUGGGUUGAAUUCCAUCUGCCACUUCUUUGCCCAGCUCUGCAUCCUGCCAAUGUCCUGUUGCAACUUACAACAGCACUUCAUGCUGUCCACAACUCCACCAACCUUCGUGUCAUCGGCAAACUGUCUAACCCACCCUCCCACUUCCUCAUCAAAAUAAUUUAUAAAGAUCACAAACAGCAGAGGUCCCAGAGCAGAACCCUGCGGAACACCACUGGUCACCGAGCUCUAGGCUGAGCUCUACUGCCAUCUUCUGUCUUCUAUUGAACAGCUAGUUUAGUAUCCAGACAGCCCAAUUUCUCUGAAUCCCAUGCCUCCUUACGUUCUGAAUGAGCCUAACAUGUGGAAUCUUAUCAAAUGCCUUGCUAAAAUCCAUAUACACCAUACCCAUUGCCUUCAAUGUGUUUUGUCACAUCCUCAAAGAAUUCAAUAAGGCUUGCAAGGCAUGACCUGUCCCACACAAAACCAUGCUGAUUAAUUCUUAUCAAACUGUGCUUUUUCAAAUAAUCAUAAAUCUACCUCUCAGAACCCUCUCCAAUAAUUUGCCCACUGCAGAAGAAAGACUGACCAGUCUGUAAUUCCCAGGAUUAUCCCGAUUCCCUUUCUUGAACAAGGGAAUGAUAUUUGCCACCUUCCAAUCAUCUGAUUCUAUUCCAGUGGAUAGUGAGGACGGAAAGAUCAUUGCCAAAGAGGCAGCAACUCUUCUGUUGCUUCCCAAAGUAACCUUGGGUAUAUCCCAUCUGGCCCAGGGGACUUAUCUAUCCUCAUAGAUUUCAAUAUUUCUAGCACAUCUUCCUUCCUAAUAUCAACCUGUUCGAGCACAUCUACCUGUUACAUGCUGUCCUCACAAAUGUUGAGCUCCCUCUCACUGGUGAAUACUGAAGCAAAGUAUUUUUUAUUAAGGACCUCCCCUAUCUCCUCUGACUCUACACACAAGUUCCCUGCACUAUCCCACAUCAGCCCUACCCUCACACUGGCCAUCCUCUUGUUCCUCACAUAAGCAUUGAACACCUUGGGAUUUUCCUUGAUCCUGUCCACCAAGAUUUUCUCAUAACCCCUUCUAGCUCUCCUAAGUCCAUUUUUCAGUUCCUGCCUGGCUACCUUGUAGGCCUCUUGAGCUCUGUCCAAUCCUUGCUUCCCCAACCUUAAGUAAGUUUCCUUCUUCCCCUUGACCAGGUGUUCCACAUGUUUUAUCAUCCAAGGUUCCUUCACCUUACCAUCCUUCCCUUGCCCUUAUCCAGUACAUGUAGCAACUGUUCCCUCAACAACCUCCACAUUUCUGUUCAGCAAUUCCCUGAGAACAUCUGUUCCCAAUUUAUGCUCUGCGUUCUUGCUAAUGCUGGAUGUGAGUUUGCUCGCUGAGCU